AUGAGGAAGACCCUACUACUCGUCUUUAUUCAUGGCUUCAAGGGCGGCGAUGAUACUUUCGGCACGUUUCCUGAACAUUUGCGCGUCCUCGCAAGCAGAGCACUUCCUGCGGUCGAGGUUGCCACCGCUAUCUACCCCAAGUAUGAGACUAAAGGUGACUUGAAAGACUGCGUGGCCAGAUUGCGAGAUUGGUUACAAGAUACUGUGAUCGAUAUCGAAGUCGCCAACCAUACGGCAUCGCCCACCGUCGACCCCUCGGUCCAUGUCGUUCUGAUCGGUCACUCAAUGGGGGGAAUAGUAGGAGCGGAGGCUCUCCUUUUGCUGGCAGCAGAACAACCAAUUACUCGAAAUCCGACUUCAAACACACAGCCCGGGUGCGCAGAUGGUACCGAAUCUGUCGUAGAACCGGGUACUUUCAUGUUCCCUCAUAUACAAGGAGUGCUUGCAUUUGAUACGCCAUUCUUGGGAAUAGCGCCAGGGGUCGUGUCCUAUGGUGCAGAAGGUCAAUACCGCAAUGCUUCAACCGCCUACAACACUCUCUCCGAGGUUGCAGGUUUAUUCGGUUACGGUGGGAAGGGCAAUGCAUCAAACCAGGGGACCACCCACGCACCCCCGCAAGAGCCCUCCAAAGUGUUGCCUUCCACACCCGAUGCCGCCGCGACACCUUCCUGGCAACGAUGGGGUAAGUAUGCGAUGUUUGCCGGCGCGGCUGGUGCUGUUGCCGCUGGUGGCGCUGCCAUGUAUACGCAGCGCCAGAAGCUCACUGACGGGUUUGGAUGGGUAUCAUCGCACCUUGAGUUUGUCGGUUGUCUUGCGCGCACGUCGGAAUUGCACGAGCGUCUCGUGCGGUUGUCGAAUAUCAAGGAGGAACGCGGAAUCGGGUGUGUGAACUUCUACACAUGUCUCGGGAAAGGUGCGACGAGUCUGGUAGAAAACACAUCAGCAAACAAAACAUCCUUCAGUCAAAAAAUCAUCAGGUCAAGGAACAGGACGUUCUGUUCAUUACCAGAGGAGGUGGAACUUGGCGAGGAAUCUCAAAGUCCGGGACUUUUGUGGACUAGGGCAGUUAACGACCGGGCUACUGAUGAAACCAACGCACAUACUACCAUGUUUCUGUCCAAAGAGAAUCCUGCAUUUUUUGAGAUGCUCAGUGACGCGUGCGCGGUCUUGGUCAAAUCGAUAGACAAAGGCUGGUAUGAUUCGUCCACCGGACCAGCCAAGAAAGACGAUACGCAUACAACACAGAACUCAAAAACCAAGACAGACGGGGACUUCAUGGAUGGUGAUGAUGUUGUUGUCGUUGACUGA